GCUUUUGUCAACUACGUGCCCUUCGUGCUUCUUUCCUGUCGCAACAUUACCGGUAAAAGCAUACGAACCCAGCGAACGACGCAACACCCAUACCCUCUCCUUCCUCAGCACAUCCCUCAACCGUCCGUGGACGACAGCUGCAGCCUGUCUCAAUUCCAACGGCACAUAACACGCGCUUUUGUUCCGCAGGACCCCUUUUCGCAAACUCAUCGAAGCUUUGAAGGCCACCGAUUCUCCCACGCCCCAAAACAACCGAUCCAUAUGGACAGAGAACCCUCUAUCCCCCUCCCUCCGUUUCUCCAAUCCCACCUCGACAAGGCUCGCAACUCCCGAGAGGCGCUGAAAGUCGAGCCUCGCUCGUCACGGGACUUGACUGCGUGCCCCAGUACCGCGGGCGGACGACAACCUGUGGCAAUGCCACACGAACAACCUUCCCACGCGAAACGAAAGCCGGACGGAGCAUUGCUUGACGAGUCGGGGACGGAAGGUGAUGAACGCCCGGCAGCAGUGCCGAAUCGCGCCAAUCACCGUUCCCGCCCGCCACUGACACUGGGGAACCAAUUACUCUCAGUAAGUGACGGCUCGAGUGUCGAAGAUGAAGACGACGAAGAAGACGCUAUCUUUAUGAGUUCCGAAGACGAAACCAGCACCCGGAAUGGGGCUUUCUCGGAAGUCGCUGUCAACCAACUGGUGGCGAAUGCGGGUGCAGCUGGCGAAACUGUAGUACCCGAAACACCGCCUUCCUACAUCUCACGACGGCGACGAAGCUCGGCUGCGUCUGACUCGUCGCCUUCCGCUCGGCGUAGGUCAACUGACUUUUUGGCUCUGCUUGAAUCGCCCCGCGUGAGUGCCAGACAAGCGAAACGGCCGCGUUUGGUUCGUGACGAUACCCGACAGGAAGAACCCACGAGCAGUAUGGAAGGCGUGACGCACGCGGAAGCAUAUCAGGCUACACCCUCUACGCAAAUGGAGCGGAUGGAUCUAGGUGAUGGAGAGAUUACUGAGCUGCCUGUGAAUGUCGACUUAGAAGUCAGUGAACCCGUUACACCACAUGGACAGUCUUCUGUCAUUGUGCUCGAGUCGCCGAUACCCGGAGCAGAAGACGACGCCGAGGAGGAUGAUAUACCAGUUAUUGAUCUGACUACCAACGACUCUCCUUUCCCUGCUGCUGCUACUGGCGGACGGACAAAUUUCGGUCGCGCCGGGCGGAUAGACCAAAUGCGAACACCACUUGCCCCGAGAGGCGCGUCCUCCUCCGGCGUCAUAGAUCUCAGCGAGACGCCAGUACACGGAGCAGGCACCAUUGGCGGAUCCAGCAACCCAUACGUCCAUAUCCUGAACACACCCAACACGCCUGAAGCACCAGCGCAUCUCACUCGCUCAGUUCGCUUGAGACUGAACAACACGUCUCAACCUCCGCUAGCUGGAGCAGUAGUGGGGUCGGCAGCAGCUGGAGGUAGUGCAUCAACAGCAGUAGAUUUAACUGAACAUGAUGACGACGAGGUUCAAGUUUUGCAUCAUGUAUCUGGCCGAGUCCAGCCGCCGCCUGCGAUGCGACGUAGACGGACAUCGAGUGCGGACGCUAUGGAUCGGCAGACAAUACCUGAUAACUGGAUGGGUCACUUCCAACGCAUGAUAGGCAGGGACCAACGACCACAAACUCAAUUCGGAUUUGGAUCAGUGGUCGGACUGCCUUCGCCCAACUUUGUCCCGCAUAGCAUCACCGCUGCAGCCAAUAACCGCCGCAACUACAGACAACCACUUGCCCUCGGCGGUGUCAUCCCCGUCUCCUCCUCCUCCUCCUCCAGCUCCUCCACAAAUACCCCGGAAUUCUUUACCAACGCCCUCCCCCAAUCACACAACCCCCUCGCCUCCUCCUCCACCUCCACCAAGCCGCCCCCCGGCCAAGACAACGGCCUCAAAUGCGCCAUCUGCCUCGACAGUCUCACCGACGACCCGAACACGAAACUCAGCGCGACCAUCUGCGGGCACGUGUUCUGCGAGGACUGUAUCAAGGAUGCGGUGCGGGUGCAUAAGAAGUGCCCGAUUUGUAGGAAGGAUUUGAAGGGGGGGAAGAAGGUUUUUAGGCUUUAUGUUUCGUGAGUAGAAGGAGGAAAGGAGAGGGAGAUGGAGAGGGGGGAAAUAUGGCGCGCGCAAUGUGGAGCUGUGAGAUACCUUUGCCUUACCUGCCUGUGCUUAUACGUAGUGAGACUGUGUACAUAUAUACCACAACACACACCCAGACCCAUCUCGAUGUUGGGGAGUUGUUUUUUGGAAGGAGAAUAUACAGGAGUAAAAAUGUGAGCGUUUGUGUUUUCUCUUGGGAUUAUGUCAUGGUGAACAAGGCCCUUGUGGAUGCCCAUCGCUCGUCGGUGAUGCGCUUCAUGAUGUAUGUACAGGGCAUCAACCAUCAACGCUCGCUGCUGAGUAUCUGCCGAAAGAGUGCGUUCCGCUGGGAGACAUCAGGCAAAAUGCCAUCCUAGUGGCUAAGCAUGC